AAGUGGCCAUCAGGUCAGGGUGAAGAACUUGAGCGGCUGGGAUGCUCAUCUCAAAUCAUUUUUCAUCCUGACUGAGGAACUCUCCAGCGCACCAGACUGCCACCGACACCAGUGUGACUGUUACUGGGAGUUUAUUACACAGCACGCGCUUCCGGAAACUAGUUUUUGAUGUGCGUAAUGCCUGCAUGCGCACUUCGGCUCUGCUUUUACAGUUAUUCUUUUAUUUUUAAACAGAAAGAUAAUUUUAGAUUUUCUCGCUAUUUCGUUGUAUAAACUAAAACCCUAACGCUGCAUUGAUGAUGAUGAUGAUGAUGAUGAUGAAGAUGAGGAUGAGGUUUUAUCUGGAGCAGCUCAGACGCAGAGGUUCGUCCUAAAUCAGCUCCGGUUCCUGGCGGAUGAAUGAAGCGAAUCUGCGCAGCUUCCAGAAAAGCAAGGUAGAGCUGUCUCACUGCACGGGCAUCUGGGCGUGGUCUCUGGAGGAGUCUCACUGCACAUCACAGUCAUGGAGAAGUGCUGUUCCGAAUGUCCGGAGCCGCGAGUGGCCCAGAGUUUAUGCACCUUCUGCAACAAGUGGCUGUGUUUCCAGUGUACUGAUCUUCACCAGCACGAGAGACCGGCGGCGGCUCCGGCGGCCGAGACACGACAUCAGCCGAGCUCCAGCAGUUCCACAGCACCACCAGAACCAGGUUCGGCUCGGUGCGGCCGUGCGGUCGUCAUGUGUCCGCUCCAUAAACAGGAGCUUCUGGAGCUCUUCUGUGAGACGUGUGACCUUCUGGCCUGCAGCAUCUGUCACCUGUCCGCACACAAGGACCAUCGGCUGGUCCACGUUGGCAAGGCUUUACAGGAUCAGAGGUGGCUCCUGGAGAACCUGAUGGCUCGUGUGGAGGAGAAGAGAUCAGCUGUGGAGAACACUGCCAAGCAGAUUCAGGGCAGACUUCACAGCGUAAAGAUCACGCAGAGGAAGGCUGAGAACCAGAUUAAAAUGGCCAAGAUGAUCAUGAUGAACGAGCUGAACAAACGGGCUAACCUAUUAAUAGAGCAACUGGAGAGUGUCUCCAGCGGGGUUAAGCAGCAUCUGGAGGACCAGCUUCAGGGGGCGAUAGAGCUUUGUAGCCAGCUGGAGCAUGUGCAGAACUUCAUCACCUGGGCUGUGGCGCAUCACAGGAGGAACCCACUGCUGUUCAGCAAAGAACUGAUCGCUCUUCAGAUGCAGCAGCUCCUGGAGCCGCUGAUACACUCCGAGACCUGGGCACCUCUGAAAAUAAAGUUCAACUGGGAUGCCAGCUUCUGGACCAAACAGAUCUCCACUCUGGGUCAGCUCAGUGUGGAAGGAGGAAGUCGCUCAUACUCGGAGGCGGUGGGUCGGCCCGGGAUCCUGAGACCUCAGCCUGUUCCGUGUGUGUCCGUGCCGUCUCUGUGUUAUCCGCUCCGAGAGACGGACUGCAGCUAUCAGUCCUUCUGCCAGCAUCAGCUCUGCUGCCUGCACUGCAGACCGGCCCCGUCCGUCCCACUGGAGAAGUGUCCCCUUCCGCUGGACAGGUAUUCUGUUCCACACACUCCGGAACCCGGCUGCAGUUCUCCUUCCACCCUUCAGAGGCGCUGGAGUUCCGAUGCCACAGGCCAAACGCAUACGUACCAGAAUUCCGCGCUGCCCGAAUCGGACGCGGUGAAACAUGCCACAGCAAGCGAUCUUCACCCCCGGAGCAGCCGAGAGCGUCCCACUGAGCAGCAGAUCUUUCAGGAAAUGCAGCUUGGAGAUCGACGGGACAUAGAGUGUGGUGAGGAACGUCCCUCAGCGCAGACAGAUGAAGACACGAGAACCUCAGAGAGAACCUUAGAGAGAACCCCCACACCCUCAGACAUGCUGGUACAGGACGGAGGAUUUGGAGCUAACGCCGAGAGCCCAGAGAGUAGAACCGCAGCGUGCAGCAUCUCCGCAGAACCAGGAUCGUCAGGCAGCGCUUCGCACCAAUCCCGACCUCUGGGGGAUAGUCGGAGCGUGGGAACAACGGCUGAGCGACAGGACGUCACGGGACAGCCGUCGGACUACACGAGUCCUACUGAAAGAAUUCCGGGUGACGUGAUGAUCCGGCUUCAUCCUGACAGCCGUGACGGUUCUUCUCAGACGGUCUAUAAGACGGAGCCAGGUACCAAGACCCGUUCUAGCUAUAACGUCUAUGCAUAUUCUCAUGAAAACACCAGCUGUACGUCUGUGAAUAAAUACAGGAUGUCACCAGGUCCGGACACCAGAAAAGCUCCUGAGGGUUCGAAGGUCCCUGUUGUGUGUCUGGAACGGCUGAAGAUCCUGGUGUCCAGAUGUCCACCACAGGGGCACCACAGCACACCUUCUCCAGCUGACUCCAGACUGAAGUGUGAAGGGAUCAUGUCCCAGCAGCUGGACAGAGAACUCAGUGCUGAGGAGGAACCUGGUGAAGAACCAGGACAGAGAGUGGAGGCGUAUCAGCUACCAAGUGAGGCACCGUUAGCAGACCAUCUCCCGUGCAGCGCGUCACCGGUGGGGUCGGAGUCUUCCUUACAGGAGCUCUGCUGCCGAAGCAAGGAAUUUUCAGCACCAUCCCAAUCCAGCAAUCCGGAACCUUCCACAUCCACACCACCUGAAUCCCGACGCGCUUCCGACCCUAAUCCGUCGGAACCCAGAUCAGUGCCGGUGUCAGACUCGCAGCUCGGGUCCCUGGUGGAUGCAGACUUCGGCUCAGACGCGGAACUUGAAUCCGAGCUUCAAGUAGAAUCAGAUCCGAGUUCCACGUCUGAACCACGGAUCGAAUCGGACUCGGAAUCAGACCUGGAGUCCGAGCAGGUCCCGGAACUUCCCGCAGAGUCCGAGCAAGAGCUGGAAUCGGAUCCAGACUCUACCGCUGAAGUGACUCUGAACCUGGAGCAGGAGUGUGAAUGGGAGGCGGGGCCAGUGGGUGCAGUCGCGAGCGUGCAGGAGGAAGUGGGUGUGGUCGAGCGGGAGUGUGCGGAGGUGGAGAGUGAGGACUUCUGCGCCGUCUGCUCCAUCGGAGGCGAGCUGCUGUGCUGCGAUCGCUGCCCCAAGGUCUUCCACCUGACCUGCCACGUGCCCUCUCUCCUCAGCUUUCCCACGGGCGACUGGGUGUGUACGCUGUGCAGAGACGUCCAGCGGCCAGAGGUGGAGUACGACUGCGAGGACUCACGGCUGCCCCACCACACCACACCACCUGCACUCUCACCAAGUGACCUGAGGAAAUGUGAGAAGCUCACACUGCUCAUCUACAGCAACAUCCUGAGCGCUCCGUUCCACGAACCCGUCAGCCCACUGGCUCGUCAUUAUUAUCAGAUCAUCAAGAGGCCCAUGGACUUGUCUGUGAUCCGGAGCAGGCUGAACAAACACAGCUCGGCUCACUACAGCUCCGUGGCAGAGUUCGUGUCUGACGUCCUGCUGAUGUUUAAGAACUGUGCCAAGUUUAACUACCCGGAUUCAGAAGUGGCCCAGGCUGGCCGCAGUCUUCAGACCUUCUUCCUCUUGAAGCUCGGUGAGGUUUUUCCUGAGCUCAUCUGUCCUGCCUCAGACGGCGAUUCGGACAGCGACGAUUACGAAGAGCCCGAGUGUGCGGCCGCCGUCACCUUCCCCUGGCCUGACAGGAGAGAGCAAAGCCACAGGAAGAGGAAGAGGAGGCGCUCGCUCAGCUGGAGGAGACAUCACUAUUAACCUCCUGCCCAACGAUGGACUUCUGCACCAUCACACAGAAACACAGCUACACCUGAUUAAAACGUCCUCCUGUGUUCCAUUUCCACAGCUGGAGGUGUACGGACCCGAUCGUUAUGCUGCGAUGUUCUGCACUGCGAUGGACAUCACGUCUCUGAAAAGUUUUUGAUAUCUUACAGGUUGCUGGCGACUGCUGGAUGUAGAGGAGCGAUGCUGAUUGGUUAUAUACAGUAAUAUACGGUAUAUUUAUUAUAGAGAAUGUGAUAUUGUAUGUUUUAUAUGCUUUCUACACCCUGUGUAUAACCAGCUUUGACUUUUUCCUACUGUAGUAAACCAGUAGACCUGUAGAGGGAGCACUAUCUAUGGCCUUAAGCCCAACAGCGUUCACAUUGGACAGACCAUGUUGAAGUAAUUUUCCUCUGGCUAUUUAUCAAUCAAAAUAUUCCUCUAAUUCUGGAGAGGAACGUGGAUUCUGAUUGGACAUUGCUAGGUGACUAGUUUUAAAUAUGUAAUCGCUUCAAUGUUAAUUUAGUAAUGAUCCUAAAAUAUUCACCUAAUGAAUUAUUUCUCAGGUAGAAGUGAAGGAGGAGUGUGGUUUAUUCCUCCUGAUGUACAGGGUAGAUCUGAAAAGAGAAGCUCUUCAUAAUAACAACAACAACAACAACAACAACAACAAUAAUAAUAAUAAUAAUAAUAAUAAUUGUAAUA